AUGCUCAACAUGCGGACUAAUUCUGGCGUCCUCGCUUGUCUGACACUACCAUUGAUAGCUUCUUCACAGUCAAUAACCCCGUCAAUCUCAUACAAUGGCAACGCAAACACGCCUCAGAUGGGCUGGGACACGUACAAUGCUUACGGGUUGGACUAUAACGAGACCAUCGUUCGCACCAACGCACAGCGACUCACCAAUCUCGGUUUUCGAGAUCUAGGCUACCGGGUUGUCAUUUUUGACGAUGCCAUGACUGAGAGGCAGCGUGCUGAGAACGGUAGUCUGGUCGCGAACGCGGAAAAGUUCCCAUCAGGUCUAGCAACAUUAGUGGACGAGCUUCACUCCGACGGACUGCUCUUCGGAGUCUACUCAUCUGCAGGGAAGUACACAUGCGGGAAGUACCCGGGCAGUUUGGGCUACGAAAAGACCGACGCCGACUGGUGGUCGAGCCUAGGCGCGGACUACCUCAAGUACGACAAUUGCUACAAUGAAGGCCUGUCCGGCACGCCAAAGCUCAGCCAGGACCGCUACGCUGUCAUGUCGAACGCCUUGAACACUUCAAACAGCAACUUCACCUACAGCCUGUGCAAUUGGGGAGACGACAAACCCUGGGAAUGGGCUUCCACCAUCGCAAACUCCGCCCGCAUCUCCGGUGACAUCUACGACUCGUUCCUCGUUCCAAGCACGUCAUGCCCCUGUGGGCCCGACGAAUACUACUGCGAGCUGCCUGGCUACGGUUGCUCCGUCCUCAAUAUUCUUGGCAAAGCAAGCUACAUCACCUCGAAGAAUCAACCCGGCUACUGGAACGAUCUGGACAUGCUCGAGGUGGGCAACGGCGGGAUGACUACAGCGGAGUAUCGCACGCACAUGACAAUGUGGGCGGCGAUCAAGAGUCCGCUGAUCAUGGGAAACAAGCUGGACCAAUUGAGCGUCGCGGACUAUCAGAUCCUUACAAAUCCGGCUAUUUUGGCUCUGAGCCAGGACCCUGUUGGAAGCGCAGCACAGCGAAGGGUCGUCAAACAGGUAGAGCCGAAGGACGAGUAUGGCUUCGGUGAGGUGCAGAUCUGGAGCGGCCAAUUGUACGGCGGCGACUACGUAGUCAUCUUCCUGAACGCUGCAAACGACACGCAGGACGUCGAGGUACCACUAUGGCAGGUCUUCGGCUUGAUCACUGCAACACAAGCCGAAGAAGACUGGGCAACGUACGAUUUGUGGGCCGAAAACGUAACCAUCAGCGCAGGCGUGGCCAGCAUGGUGCUGAAUGGGACGAUGGACCUCUCCAGCAGCUCCACGAAUGGCACACUCCAGGCUACUACAACGCCACCGAGAUGA